UGGCCUUGCUGAAAAUGCAGUCGACGGUGCAUUUACUGAGGUCUUCGAUAAUUUGCAGAUUUCUUCCGUGAAAAAUAGGCAAUUCCAAUGAAACGUCGCUUUGUUAACAACCAGAAGCGACGUCCGAAACACCGACUAGAAACAGAUCACGAAUGAAUGUAAAGAAAGCGAGAUCAACUUUCAGAAACGUCAGCAUCUCAAAUUUGACCGCCAUUCUGUUUAGAUUGUUUACCUUGUGGGCUUUCGUUUGUGGUUUCACUUUGGUUGCUGGCCAGAGCAAUGUUUCGUCUUUGUCUAGUGCUGAUAAAACAACUUUUGUGGUCUCAACAAGCGAGAUAUCAUCAGCUAGUUCUGCGUAUUCAAGUCAAUCUCUUCAAGUUAAUGCUUCCUUUCAAAAUGGUAAGUGUGAUUCAAUAAUAAUUCUACGUUGCGAGUGAUUUGCUUUGUUACAUUUUAGAUUGUGUUUAUCAGAAUAUAUCAAUUCCACGCCGAAGUUCACUGUUUUGAUUUUUCCUACUUAUUAAAUCACAUAAUGUGAAGUUUAGCGCCAGGAUCUAGCGGUUACUAGCUUAUUCCCGCUUUUUAUCACAGCUAACCAAGCGGUCUGACUAACGACGUAAAUUUUACUGAAAUAAUCACCCUGUUACAAGGGAAACCAACCAAACUUCGUCAGAUAUACAUUGCAAGCUACAGGUCAGAUUCCCCAAUGUCUGGUUCUCAAUGCUGAUUGUUUAGUCGGGUAAUUGUCAGUCGAUGUUUUUAUAAACAUUAUUGUUCUGCUAAAGGAGAUUACGAGUAAAAUGAAGCAAAGUCAGCAAAUGAGUCAUGCAUGUCAGUCGCGUGAGGAAGAAAUUAUUUUCAUUUGUGUAUGUCCGCAUGCCACCUUUAACACAUUAAUUCGGGAACUUAGAACCGAAAUGAAGUAACUCAAGCGACCCAUGUGUAAGGCUCAAUUGUCGAUGAUGCGCACCAAAUCAACGUUGAACACUCAAUGAGACGAGUUACAAUACAUUGUAUCACAAGUCCAACUUGUUCAAGUGUGUAAACGAGCGAAUAAACGUCUACUUAACCUAAUCUAGACACAGCUAAACCUCUUAACAUAAACCACGGAGACGAAAUGCAAAAUGCAAACUCUUUCAAUUAACAGUAUUUUUAAAUGCUUAAUUAACUUGAAGCUUGUUCUGAGCAAUUGUUCUGAGCAAUUGAUACCCUAAUACCCUAGAUUUCUUGAGGAUUGUAUUUUUAUUACAUUCCCCCCAAAAAUCUGAGAACAGAAAAUAAACAGCUAAAAAUAAAUGGUGCAAUACUCUUGGCAUUUACUAUAUCCAUUGAUCUUAAUACCAAGUUACAAAACAUAAAACCAAGUAAAAAUUAUAAUUAUUUGUGUGACACAUCGAUAAUUCUUCGCAAUAUUUUUUUUCCUGAUGCUAUUCGUUCUCGCACCCGCACCUUGUAUAAUCGCACUGACACUAACACGUUUACAGCCGUCCGACCGUUUCAAUCAUUGUUUUAAGCUUAGAUUUUGGAUAAUUUUCAUUCCAUAAGUUAGUAAUGGGAGCGUAAGCAACUACGACGACGAUCACAACGACGACUUCAAAAAGACAAUAGGUUUAAUCGUCAAAACAACAGUUCUGCACGUGCAUCACGCGUUUUAGUACAUGUCUUUGACGACCACUGCACGACCACGACGUGAAACCUCCUAAUUUGACGUUUUAUGGAGGACGUGGACAUACGACCACGAAUUUUUGUUGCUCUUUUCGAAGCUGAAAAAAGUCCUUAAGAAUUCAACUCCAGGAAAAGUCGCCUGCAUUUGACAUAUUCAGCGGGUCCAAAUAGACGCGAUUAAGUUUGAAAGAACGCAAAUUCAUUUUUUACCGACGUUUUCACUGCCGUCGUCGUCGUGCUUGCUUAAGGUCCCUAAUAAUGUAAUAACUCAGUAAUAUCCUGGUGGCUGGAGGAUAGAAGAAAAAAAAAGGUAAUGGAAAAGAAACACUCCCAUAAGUUGCUUCAGCCUGAGAGUCAAAAUGCAUACAUUUUCUGAUAGCGACUUAAAGAGGCCAGUUUGUUUUUCAUCUUCUACUGAUGGUACCCUAUAAUGCUACACCUCCACUGAAGGGGUGGCAAUAACCUGUGAUCAGAUAAAGCGAAAAACAAAAAGCGCCUGAUCGCAGGUUAGGGUGGCAAUGUUGCCAUGCAAGUGAAGCUUGUUCUUUGUACGUGUUAUAACACAUUUUUAAUAAAACAUUCUCGAACAUUCUCAACUUGCAGCACAACAUGCAUUGUGAGCGGCAAGGUGCCCAUAUAAUCUUUCCUUUUUUUCCCUUCUAUUUCGUAAAAGUGGUAUCUCUUCAGUGUGCCAUUUCAAUUGUGCUUUGUUACCGUAAAGGAAUCCUGACCUUACAAUAUUUCUCAACUUAUAAUUUUCACCUAACACUGUACACCUCAGCUUGAUUGGCGUCGGUUCUCAAAACAGCGACCGGUAAUCGAGCGUACACUACAUCUUGGUAUCACCAGUAAAUUAAGCUUGGCAAUAGUGAUAAAAUACAUUUAUAUACUAAUAUAAAUUUAACGUGAAAGCGGACUAACCGAUAAUGUAAUUUAACCUUCUUUUUUCAGUCAAUAGCACCAACACAUCCUCACCCACUUUACUUCAAAACAAGACAGGCAUUCUCACCAUACUUCAGUCUUCUAACUUUCCCGUCACCGGUUCAACAGAACCAAUCACACUGGCAAUGUCCUUCGUUACGACGACUGAGACGCCGAGCGUACCAAGAAGUGUGCGAUCGUUGCUCGGUGCCUCGACGUUUUCAAUUGCGGGAUUUACAGAACCUCUUACUUUGGCGUUAUUUACCAGCGAGUCGCUGUCAAACCAAAGCAUCGAGUCUAGUUUAUUGUCCAGUAGCAGCGUCAUAACACCAUCGUACAGCUCAAAUGCAUCAAGUUUAAUAGAAACAAACUUUUCGAGCUCUUUACGUGUAACUCAGUCCAGAUUGCAAAAUAAUGCGACGUCGAGUAGUCUAUCAAUGAAAAGUUCUGGGCAAAUGUCAAGCAGCUCACUCGGGGAACCACACACUGAAACGCCUUCUACAGAAACGAAAAAUCCGUCCCGAACUAGCAGUUUUCAAAGUAUUGCCUCCACUGAAAGUGGCCUUAGCAGGAAGGAAAGCACUUCUUCAGAAGUAAAUGGAUAUUCCAGUGACACGCAGAGUACCACACAGGCUGCACAUUUCAGCGUUCAAUCCAGCACUAGCAACAUAAUGCACUUGAAAACAUCGCAAGUUUCUGCUGCAAAUGGAACCUCAUCGACAGCCUCUAAAAUCGCUCAAAGUCUGCGGAUGUCAAAUUCCGUAACAACACCUUCGUCGUCGUCACUAUCAUCCAUGUCGUCUUACCUAUCAGCAAGUCGCAUAGGAUAUUUACCAGCAUCUCUAAAUGUCUCUGUAACAAGACAAUUCAGUAAAAUUACAUCCAUGACAACACUAUCCUCAUUUGGGGAGUUUUUCAACAAUAAAUCAUCUCUUGGAGCGAGCAGUAUGAAAACGCCUAUAGGGGCUUCAAUGGUGCCCACCCCAUUUGUCACCUCUAUUCUACUAGAUACUAGUACUAUUGCGAAUUCUUCAUCACCGGUGACAGUGGCUGCAGUGAGCAUUUCCUCUACGGGUUCCUCUUUUAACCACGUACAUAAUAUCUCGUCGGUUGCAACGCUAUCUGUAUCAGGAUCCUUUUUACACGAAAAUGAAGUCACAGUGAGCUCUCGAGUAGUUCUUGUGAAUUUUAGUGAUUCGUUGGCGGGUACUUCACUUCGGUUCAACCGGACAACUUUUAUGCCAACUUUUUCCACAACGCGAAGGAUAACAGAAACACCUGUAAAUAGUUCAUACGUAUCAUUAACCAAACCAGAUGUUAGCAAAUCCAAUUCUUUAGAGCCACUUUCAACUCUAAAGAGUUCUGAAUUUCUAAUAUCAUCUUUACCAUACAGUGAGCAUGCCUUGGGGUCAGGUUCUGUAGGCCAAUCAUCAGAAAAGUCGGUACAAGUCUCCCUCGAGAUAUCGGCAAAUUACGAGAGUUCACGUGAAGGAGUCAAUACUACAUCUGUCUCAAGACAUUCUUCUCGUUCGUUAUCAGUUGCUUACUUUUCGUCAUUCAGUACUCUUUAUUUUUACAAAGACGGUUCGUCGAAAGUACAUCAAGAGAACUUAACGACCAGUAACGUCCAUAUGUCUCCAUCCUCAUUUUCUCUCGGGGUCACUGAAACAAGUACUAUGCUUACGACGUUAUUUACGAGUGCAGGGUUUUCUCAUACAAAUACGUCCUCUUUAAUGAUUUCCACAGUAUCUACUCAAAAGGUGCAGACGAGUACAGGAUCAUUUUUGCUACAAACGUCUCUCGCCACCAGUAAAUCAAAGUUACAUCCUAAUUCAACUAUCAAAUACUCUUUGGACGCCUUAAAUACAACAAAACAUGUUGAUUCUACCUUCAUGGUAUUAGUUGCAACAACUGUUUCCACAUCUCCUAACAUUUCAUACGUCGAGCACUUCAUAUCAAUGUCCAGUGCAUCCCAUCUCUCGACUGGAACGUCCUAUUUUUUGCCUAAUACUCGUCCUUUGGUAGUUAUUUCACCGUCUUUUGAGUUCAAUAGUAGCCCUCCGAUGACAGUACUUUCAACUUCAAGCUCUUUAAAUGUUACACCAAAUGCAACAACAGAGCAGAGUCGGAACGGUCUGUCGACAGACGUCACUUCAUUUUUGCUAUACCAAAGCAGCAUAACACAAAAUGUCACCAUGAGCCCCAUUGUAACAAUUAUGGAAAAUUUGUCUACAUAUCAAAGUGAAAUAGGGCGUUCCGUAGAUCCGACGUCGUUGUCGUUGAAAAGCAGUAUUUUUGUCAUAGAACCAAGUUCGUCAGUCAAUCGGGUGGAUAUGUCAACAGAACACAGUGUCUUAAGAUCGCUACAAGUUUCCAGGAACGCUACGCCAUCCCUGAGCAUAAGGACAGGUUUCCUCCAGUUUAAGACUUCAAUCCCUAGACCGUUAAUCACUACAACACCACGCAUUACCUCGUCAGGAGACAGUAAUGUCAACACUCUGUCUUCUUCAGGUCGCAAUGAAUCGGCUGAUAGGUCGAUUGUGACAAAAACAGAAACAUUCGUAUCAGGUUUCCCAGUCUCUUCACACAGCAAGUCAAGUAAGUUAAAAGUAAUAAAACUAAAUUAAAAGUAAUUUAAACAUUAGAUGCGCGAGCUGUCUUUGAGGACUCGUUUUCAAAGUAAAGUCACUAAAUUAGAGAUGUACAAGUGUAUCUAAACUAGUCUUGACAACAUUGUUUUGGUUAAACGUUUUGAACGUGGAGAUAAUGGCAGGUGUUACUAUGCAGAAUUGUCAAUCGACCUUCCCUUGUUCUGUCAGUUGUAUCAACUUUCCCGGAAAUAAGAAUUAAGAGUUCGAGGCAAAAAUUUAGGUUCUUGGACAGAUACACGCUUAAAUGACUUGAUACAAAUUUAACCCAGUCCCUGUACACGGCAGUAUUAGGUAACUUGUUGCAUUCUAACUGUUCUGUUCCUACGUCAUGUAUAGGUCCCUUUGCACCAUUUCAAACAACUACAGUAGCAUUGUCAUCGAAAAUAACAUCGCUGACGCCUUUGUCUCAGCGUCGUCCAUCUUUCAGUGACGUUUCUGCAGUUUCCUCAAGUUAUUCCACCUUGACUACCCCACGAAUUAACACGUCUGGUGAUGGUGGUCUGUCUGUGCCCGCCACUUUGUUAUCUUCUAUUAGAACACCAGCAACAGAACCAUUUGCAAAUAGGUCAUCAACAUCUUCAUUGCAGGCACAUUCAUCAAAGCUUUUUCCUUUGGUUACUACUACCUUUGUAUCUGCAGUCGAUGCGACUUCUAGCUCAGCUUUUUCUACGUCGGUAGCAAUUUUUGUACGCUUUGGUAUCAGCGUUCCUCGAAAUCAAAGUGUGAACGAUCCUGACUUUAAACAGUCUUUGGAGGAUGGAAUUCUUCUUGCUUAUCAAAAUGGCUCAAUUAACUCGUCUUCAGGGAAUGUUAACAUCAGCGUAAGUUUCCUUAUCAAAAAAUAUAAUAACUGCUAAAGUGUGCAUGAAGUUGUUUUUCGUGGGUAACUACAUUUGGGGGUACAGUAGUCAGUUCCGUAUUUCUGAAACCAUUCUUCUCUUUUAUCCUUUAUUUGUCCUUUGUCCUUAUAUCACUGUGGAGUUCAAAAGUGUUUGGUAACUUUACUCCGACCCCAAACAAUAUCGAGUAGGAUGGAAUCAGUCGAGAGACGUUUUAGCAAAGCGUUACUUGGGGAGGCAAGGCACUGGAGCAACGUUAUUAGGAAUGCAAAGCCAUGUUAUUACUUGGAAGGGCUUUUCCUAUCUUUUUAAGUUCCUUUCCUCUUUUUUUCUCAUAUUGGGUCAUUCCGGGGAGCUGAAGAAUGUUACAAGAGUGUAUAACGGAAAACCUGAUUCGCUGCACCAGAGCUCGUUUGAGUAUGGAUGGAGCAUUGGGAACUGAAGUGAAGAAGAAAAAAGGGACGCGUAACAUUUGCGGUCGUUUUAACUUUUUUUAUUUUAUUUUUUUUAUUUAGAUUCACAGGAUUGAGCGGUCACCUGAUUCAAACAGUUCCAACGUUAACGUAACCUUUCAGCUGCUCAUUGGUAGUGAACCACUUAAUGCCACCUUGGUUAUAACAACAAUUGAGCAAGCUAACUUCUCAUUGGGGUACUUUGUUGGAUACAAGGUCAGUCCAAAGAACAAUCUUAUUAGCACAGCUACCUCAGGCCUCAGGGUUUUCAUGACAUUUGUUUUAAGCCAACUGACUUCUUUUCCCAUGUAAGGAAAAUCCCAAUUCCAAAAUCUGGGAAAUUUUGCGCUUAUGAAAUCGCAAAAAGGAAAUUUUUUCUUGUGGAAUCCGGAAUCCUAGGCUUUGGAAUUAGGGAUACAGCUCAAGAAAUCCGGAAUCGCAAUAACAAUUGGAAUCCGAAAACCAAGUUCUACUGACAAAGAAUCCGGAAUCCACGGCGGGGAAUCCAGAAGUCAAGGCUUUCUUGGAUUCCCUUUUUUGGGGCGAGACUUUUUUGUCGUAUACCUGCAAGUGAGAAUGACUCAGAUGUACCACUUUGUCAGGCACUUAUGUUGUCGUCAUACUAGUCAAGAGACCGAAACCCACUUACUAAUACAGUAACAUUUUUAAAAACAUUUUUACAGGUAGUAGAGAGUCUUCAUGCCGUGUUCAUUUCAUUACCAUCUUCCUCUCCUACAAUGUCGUUGCAUUCAUCAGUUUCUGCAUCAGUCCAAAGAACAAUCGUAACAAGCCAUGCGAGAAGGACGUUAACAUCUUACUACAGCUACACGCUACAGCCAAGAUCUUCUACAACAAGAGGUAACGUACAACUCUGGUUUGUGUUAAACCCUUGCAAGAGCUUUACUGCAUAGCAUUGCAGAAAAGAGGUAGCAUUGUUAUGUGAUAAUUCUCGAUAGCCAUAUCAAAGUUCAGGGUUCGUGCGGCAGAGUCUUGAAUUCUCGAAAAAGUCUUGAGAUUUGCCCAGCAGUUUUCUAGACCUUGAGAAAGUCUGGAAAAUGGAGAUAAAGUCUGCAAAAAUGGUAAAAAGUCUUUUUUUUUUUUCAAAGGUACAACAAGUGCUUUAGAAGUAAAGUUUUUUUUCGUUUGGUCAAAUCUUAUUCCAUCUCAACCGUAUGUUUGCAGCUCAUCAUGAAAGACUCGCUGAAUCUUUGAUCCUGCCUUUUUUAAGGUCGUUAUCGAUCACCUAUUUGAUAACCUUGAGUCUUGAUAAAGAAAUUAUUGUUUUCGGAAAAAGCCUUGAAUUUUGGAUCCAAAAAUCUGUACGAACGCUGAAAGUUGUAGCACGGUGAAUCCUCCUCAGAAAAAAGACUCCUCUCUCAGCCGGGCAUCAGCUACAGUCUCAGACAAAAAUAGGCUGGGACUCUUCCACCCAACGCUGCUUUUUCACUUCUGACCCAUCUCCUCGUCCUCCCAAUGUUGGUUAUCAAAGUUAACUUACCAAAUCUUGUACGCCAACAUUGAGAGAGCAAGAAGACGGCAAAGUGUCCCAACAAUUUUGACUGAGACUGUAGUUGUAGGGUGAUCGCUGCCCAAUCCAUCUUUACUGAGUUUCAUUAAAUAGUUUAGUUUUUAUUUUACUAUUGUUGUUUUUAUUCUUGCUAAUGUAGAAAGCAAUAUAAUGCAAUUUAUUUUACUGCUUUUGUUUUCAUUUUCCUCAGUUGCGAAUAAAACGGCAACUUCAGAAUCUUUGCCACCGAGUCAGAUGUUAACAGCUGCAGAGUCAUCUGUAAGUGUCUCGUCGACACCUUCGGCACAAAUGUCCCUCCCAAGCAAUACUUCUCCGGCGACAGUAUCCUAUUUAACGUCUGUUUCUUCGGAUCGGUCUCUCAAGUCAGGAGUUAAUUUCACGAGUCUUGUAACUACAGCUACGCGUUCGUCAAUGUCUACUGCACUGAAAACGGUAAACGUGACGCACUUUAGCGGUGGAAGUUCGGCGAGUUCUGCUAUAAUCUCGUUUGGUCAUUCAGAAGGAUCCAUAGUAAGUGUUUGUUAUCAGAAAAUAGUUUUAUAUCAACCAGGAGGUUUUACAGCAACGCCAUUCCUGGAAAUUGAAUCAGCGAUAUCCUUAUCCUUAGUGAGACCGUCUACUCUACUAGUUUUCAGCCACUUGAGUAGUUAAAUUAUAAUAGGAAAUGUGCUUAAAUAUGUGAAUGCAUAUUACGUCAUUUAAGAUGGUAAGUUAAGAUAAAGACAAUAAGUCGUUUAGAAAAUUUUCAGUCUCUUUCACCACUUACGUUCAGCCACCAUAUUGAUAGAUCACUUGGUUCUCCAGUUCGGCAUAUUGAACUCCAAAAAUUCCAAUGAGACAGUUCGACGAAUAAACGAGGUUUGGAAUUUCGUGCAGGCAUAGACUUGCCGAGGGAGGUUGCUUAUGUAUUCAUCUUCUAUAAUAUGGUACUUUCUUGACUUUACUCAUUGAAUAGCAGUUUGUAUUUCACAUCUUAUUCAAGAAAAUUACCCACAACUCAAUAAUCAUUUGUGGUGUCCGGAGCUUCACACGGAGGUCCGGGUUCGAGGACCGCUCUGGACAUUAUCUGGAUUUCUAUUUUGUUAGUCCUAAGUUUAGCUCCCCGAACCUGCUUGCAAAAAGCCAACUGGUUUGCUUCUUGCCAGUUGGCUAUUUUAAUUGGUAAAUUGUAAUGAAUUCUUGCGAUCCUGUGACGACAAUCUCUACAAACUAGAGAAGAUAAUGUACGCUUAUUGUUGAAUCUUUUCUAUCUUUACAGGUUGUACGAGGUACUGAAAUUACUUCGUUGUCGUUAACCACGGCCUUUUCAGCUACGCCGACAAUUUUAUUAACAACUUUAGCAUUACCUAGUAAGAGUCAGCUACCGUCCAUAAUUCGUUCGUUGACAUCAACCCAACAGUCAAGACCUCUUUCGACAAAAAGCGAAUCAUUGACGUCAUCAAAGCAUUUGAAUAUAUCAGCAAAGGAAAGUUCCACAGCAGUGCCGUCAGUAAAUAUAGUAACAACGCGUUUAUCGCGAAUACGUCCAUCGAGUGGUAUUCAUGUAGUUACUUCAAGCUUAACAGCACUGAGGUCCUUCCUAAGUUCAACAGUACUUUCUGCAAGUGAGUCAGCAAUCAAUUCUUUGCAAACUUCAUUGUCAAGUGAAGUGAUAACCAGCCGUCUUGAGGUGUCGUCAUCUUCACCAUCGCCGUCAUCGUUAACGUCGACUUCAGCUUUACCGUCAUCAUUUUUUAGUAUAUAUGUUACACGUUCACACACAAACGUUUCUUCGUCUGAAGUGAAAAUGCCUAGCCCUGUAGUGACGCUCAAUUCUACCUUGACUGCAACCCUGGGUGACUCUUCUGGUAGACAUGCAACGUCGAUUAUCGAACCGACGCCGUCAGGUUCAAUUGUUAAAAGCUCUACAUUCACACUGCCAGCGAUGUCUUCUUUCUUCAAGAGUUUCACAACUUAUUUUACAUCAAGUUUAAUGUUAAGCAUGACUUCAUUUACGGUUUUUCCCUCGUCAAUACUGAAGAGUGAAACUGUACCUAUUCAGAAUUCGACAGCUGGGGUGAUGUCAUCGUCAAGAGAAGGAGUGCCAGUCACUCAAACUUUGCAUAUCCCAGGUUCCUUUUCCACGACAAAAGUGACGUCAUCUUUGCAAAGUACACGUGCGGCAGUAACAAAGCAGUCCUUACAACCGCUUCCAACGAGCCACAUUUUAGGAGAAACAAUAUCAUUGAUUGCGUCGUCUCGCUUUUUCAACGGAAGCGGUGUGUCAGUUGUGGCAUCCUCGACAAAAACACACAGAACUGUUGAAACAAUGAGCGUAUUGACUCUAAAUUCAUCGGUAACACCAGCUAAGGGUAGUGCCUUUGCGAGUGCUCGUUCUGUUCAAAUGCCAUCUUCAUUCAUCGCUGCUAGUCCGAUUUCAACGAUUUUUAAUGUUAGUUCCAUCACUGCCUCGAGCGAAGUUUUGCCGUUUUCAGCAAUGUCCAGUACGUUGGCUUCAACACCAAGUACAAAUUCAACACUGUCAGAUUCUUCUAUAGCUGUGUCAAGCUCGUCACCAGCCUUUUACGGAAGUUACACAACUAGUAACUCAAGACUUUCUCUUGCGCCUAGCAAUACCUUGACUUUAAGCCGUUUUGAAGCAAGCGCUAACGCAACUUUAACAUUGAUUGGAAUGUCCAGGACGAUCAUCAGUACUAGGUCCACAUCUUUUAAUGAAACUUCUCUCCGCAGUAGGACUGUUCGUGUCAGUGUCUCAAAAACGCCCUUUUCAGUUUCGAGGUCACCUCAUGAGACUUCGUCGUCAGGUAUGGCUUUACCGGUGUCUUCAGUUUCAAGAUCACCCUUUUAUCCUUCGUCAAGCGUAUCUACGAGUCAUUAUACAACCUUAUUUGCAAACCGAAGCGAAAUUACUUCUUCACGCUUCUUGUCGCAAUCAUUCGUACUAGCGUCAAGUCAAACUUCAAGAAGUGGGUCUUGGCUUAGCUUAAGUCUAUUAUACAUGCCUUCAAGUAUCUGGAGCAAUGGUACCAUCCACGGGACCUCUCUGAGCAUGAUGAGCAAACGCAGUAGCCCAUCUUCGUUCACAGUUCACUUUGAUGCCUCCACUUCAGGGCAAUUUUCUUCAAGAUCAGGUGUAACUUCCUCUGUAGUAAGCGAUAAAUUGUCUGCGAGGACAUCACUAGAAAGUGAAACACGUUUUUCAGGUUCAAUGACGACAAAGGCAACACAUACUUCAAUCCUUGCUACUAACAGGACGGUGAAAGCCAACUUUACAACUUCAAGUGCCAAGGUGUCAAGCCUACCAAUUUUAGACAUUAGUUCUUUACUACCCACGGCCUUGACCUUAAGCGCCUUUCAAGCCAGUACCAGGUCCGCAUUCUUUAAUGAAACUACUGUCCCCAUUAGUCGAGUCAAUGUCUCGAAAACGCCCUUUUCAGUCUCGACGUCACCACGUGAGUCCCUCUUGUCAAGUGUGGCUUUACAGAUGUCUUCAGAUUUAAGGUCACCUUUCACCCCAUCGUCAGGCGUAAUAACUUCAAUUGCCAAGGUGUCAAUCCUAUCAGUUUCAAACAAUAGUUCUCCUUUAUACACGGCAGAAGUUACACAAGUGACCACACGAGAAGCAGCAACUGCAAACCUUUCUUCAACUCAAUAUCCUACAACUCGUGUCACAGAUUUUGUCUCUGAGAGGAGCCUUUCUAGUCAGUCUGUACAACUAAGUACUUCCUCCUCGAGGAAAGAUUCAGCUCAGAAAACAUUUGUUACUGCUACAACUAGUACUUUGGCAAAGCAUGCUUCCACUAGAGCCACAAUGCACAGUUUAAUGCAGACAACUGCUCCUUCAUCAAGUCUUCGUUCUUCUUCGCCUGCCCAGUUAUCUAGCGACGGUCUUGCAACGAGUUUUUCGUUAAAUAGAAGUCAUUUCCCAACACCAGAAGUUUCUGGAUCAAAAACGUCCGAAAACAUAGUUGGUAUUACUUCAUUACCUGCGAGCAAAUCUCUUCAGAUCCCUCCAGUUUCCGGAGUAUCGGUGUUUUACGAUUCAUUGGGUUCUACUGUACUAACGCCAAUUUCAAUUCCUUCGACAAGUAAUGUUUCAUACGUCUUGGACAAGUCAAGUGCAAGUUUAAGUUCAACAACAUCAGUAACAGACGCAAUUUCGAGCAGGAAUAUUUCACCUGCUUUCUCCACGGAAUUGUCUCAGAUAGCAAGAACAUUUACCAACACGCUGCAGAGUUCUCCCUCAAGCUUACUCGUGGGUACAGCAUCGGCAAAAUCAGGUGGCAUAGUCCAUUCAGUAGCAACUGGCUCUUCCAUUCACACAUUCACACCGAAAACCAGUCCCAUCGUUCUCUCUUUUACUCCUUCUGACAUUCCUGUAUCCUCUUCGGCCAUUGCCGUGUCCUCAGUAGAGGUUAAUAGUUCAAGUAUUGAAAGUGUCACCUUGGGGACCGAUGUGCUGCUGUCGCCCCAAGGCACUACUUUUGCCGAAAGCACCCUCGUGUUGACGUCGACGCCUUUACGUUUGUCAAGAAGUAGUAAACUUAGAACAGGGUCGGUUGACGUAACUAAAAGUAGUAUGUUCACAUUAUCCUCACCAUUAACGUCAGUGGUUACGAUAGACUCGUCUUCUGUGGUUGACUCAAGCUCAGUGCCUGUCACUUUAAGAACUUCAGAGGAAUCACCUGUCACAAGUGUUAAGCAGUUGACGUCUUCAGACCGAUCAUCCUACCCCAUGCAUGCAAGAUCUUCAUCGUUACCAUUACUACUUUCAUCUGCGAGACCUACUUCUACGACGACAACCGUCAAACUCCCAGUUACUACUUUAAGGGGUUCAAAAACUACCAUUACAAGGACAUCUGGUGUUGUCGUUAGAGAAACAAGCCAGGCCAGCUUCGUUACCAAAACAGUGCCACUGUCGUCAAUCAGUGUGUCACUCAGGAUCACUAAAGAUGUUACAACAGCAACGUCAUUAGAAAAAAGCUAUUUAGUGUCAAGGACUUCAUCAACCGCCGCAGCAACUGUGGACCCUACUGAGCCUCUUCGUCCAACUGCUGGCGCUAACAACACUGAAGGUCUCGUUGGUUUACAGAUUCUUGUCCCGAAGACGGAGGAUGAAACGAAUUCCACUUUCCGCGAGAACAUUGAGUUACGACUCGCCGCAGCUUACAGAAGGGGUCAGGAGAAAGGAACUGGACGCAAAAAACGAGACCUUGAGUUUUUCGAUGGUUGGGACGUUAGAAGCUUCGAAUCGUGGAAAAGAAGUGUUGCGUUCAAAGUGUAUGAAAAGCAAAGUCGACGCUACAGACGGCAAAUUGAUAGCAUAGUUGCACUGGUAAGAAGUGCGGUUCUUCAGUAGUUUUUUAAUCAUUAAAUUAUUUAUCCUUCUACUACCACAGUGAAUAAUAUAGUCUUGUAUAUUAUGACCAUUCAAUUGAAUCCUCUUAGUCUCGGCUCAGGGCUCGAAUUUAAUUUUUGGAUCACUAACCCUUCGGGUUAGUGGACAUAUUUUUUACUAACCAAAUUAUAAAGUUUGGUAUCCAAGCUCACAACUAAAAAAUCUUGACAAUCUUGAAAUCUCAAAUAUUGAACAUUUUGUCAAUAACCACUAGAACAAAUUAAAAAGUAGUCGAAAUUGCAUGGUGACCUUAAAAAAACUUUGACAAUUAAGCGCCUAGUUUAUUUCCCUCUCAUUUCCCUUGAAGAGACCAGCAUGAUUUAGGUAGUGAAGAACAGUACAUCUGCAGUACAUUCUCUAACAACAGUUUGAGUUGAGUGAUUCAACAAAUUGAGUAUUCUAAUUAUUCCUUAGUCUCGUCAAACUGAAGCCACGCAAAUGUUUAUUUCCACUCCUGUCGAAAUGAUCGGCCCUCUUGUUUCCUCUUUUCUUCGUAACGCUUCCGGGAGCUCGAGUCUUCCAUAUCUUCUGUUGUCUUUGGUUCCUUUUCUUGACAUUCUUCUUCUUCACCACAGUUACCUUCAGCUGGAGCCUGCCUUUUUCUAAUAAAUCUAUCCAAAGAAAUCUGCAUAAUUCAAUGCCAAACUGCCAGUUAACCUUGCAAACAGUAAUUUCGAAGCGAAGAUGGCGGAUCCGAUAUUGUGGUGUCCAGAUCCCCACAUUCGACACAAACUCGUCUCCAGGGCCUUAGCGCUCAAAAGGUCUGAAAAGUUCGAUUCGAUCGCAAAGAUGGCGAGAACAAAUUGUUGAGACAGAAAACAAUCUCAUGCAAGAAAAUAACACAAAAAUCGUUCUUAAAAAUUAACAUUUACUUGUAAAAAGGUCAUUUCCAUAACAUAAUUUAAAUAUUUAAGAAAAUUUUUAUUAACCAUGUCGGGUUAGUUGGACACAUGUUUAGUAACCAAACGUUGAAAAUUACUAACCGUUGGUUAACGGGUUACCGUUGAUUUCGAGCCCUGGGGCUAAUACUUUCACAUAGAAAUAGUUGUUUUUUUGGCAUUUUACAAAAUGAAAUUUGAAAAUUUUGUUGAAUUCUUACAUUGGCCCCCCUUAGGAGUGCAAGGGUUAAAUUAUGAUUGUUUUUCUCGUUUUUGAUGCCUCAGGGGCACGAUAUUUAACUAUGCUGGAUUAAAGUCAUGUGUGUCGCGAUCAUGACCAGGUUUUUAUUUUCAGUUUUGGAUAUAUUUUCAACGAUUAACAUGCCAUUGGAUUAUCUAUUUUUGACAUCUUUGGCUUUGACUUUAUGUUGAUGGACUGUUUCUGUACUUGCUUUUUAUUACUGCAGGUUGAAGCUAUAAGACGAGCAAAGCCGAUCGUUGGAGAUGAACUUGUGGAUAUAGAAUAUCGAAUAUUUGAUGGGCCUAACAUGUUAUCUGCAGAGACAGUUGUUGAAACGAUGAACAGGCUGACUGAGGGUGAAAUGGUGUCCACUUUAAAAUAUGCGGUAAGGCGACGUUCGUUUAUUACAUCUGAAUUAAAAGUUUUGUAUUACUACGUAGGAAAUUAUUAUUAUAACCUUUUUUCCUCAUUUAAUAUGGAUAAAGGCAGCUAUGUGGAAAAUAAGAAUGGUCUUCCAAGGAACCCUUAGUGCAGUAGAAAACUGUGAACUAUGACGAAUGAAUGGUGGACCUAAAUAAUAAAGGCGAUGGACAUGGAUAACAAGCGAAUAUCUGAAAAAGGUUAAAAUAUUUUUCAACACAUCAACCGCCCUCUCCCCUUUUGUCUAUUGGGAGGGGGCGGUUGUACACGGGCCAUCAAUGCCCAUCCGUUGGGAUCUCCCCCUUUUCAACCCCCCUUUCGGUGGCCGAUCUUCCUUACUCAGUUGAUAAGGCUGAUCUUUCUCUAGAUGUACAUGUAGAAACUAUGAUAUACUGUGACCUAAAUAGUUUCUGUACACCUUGGUUACAUAAUUAUUUUAUGCUGUACCGUUUUUCUUUCAUUUCAGGUAACGUUACGUCCUUAUGUCGUUAAAGACAUAACGGUCACACCCACGCCCAGAGUGAGUUCCUCGAAGUGGAAUAUAUUGAUUCCUGCUAUUAUUGUCCCUACUGUGGUGGUAUUGUUUCUUAUUCUUGCAUUUACCUGGGCGAAGUGCGCUGCAAAGAGAAAGAGAGAACGACUAAAGGUCAAACCACAUGAUAAGGUACAAAACUCAAAAGUUUCGUUCGAGUGUUGUCCUUACCUUCAAUGACCUUCAAUAGUUGUGAAAGGGUUUGAUAGAUUUUUAUAGUUGAUAAAGAAUUUCAGCAAAGCCAGAGGUGUCAAAACAAAGCAAAGAAAAGCGACCUAAACACAAAGUAAGCGGCUGGGUAUUGAGAAAGUGGGUAGAAGAAAUUUGCUCAGUUUACUCGUCAAGUCGUUUCCCUGGUGGAAAAAAGUGAAGUGAUAAGAUUCUAAAGAAUUCUUUGUAAUUCAGCAUUGAGAAACGCUUAUUUAUACCUCAAAGAUAAGAUGGGACUCAUAGUUUGUCUUAGAAACUUAUAAUUUUAUAAUUUUAAAAAAGUAAAAAGGGUAUUCGAGGGUUGUUUUUUUCCAUUUCCCUCACAGUGAUUCAUAUAUUAGCGGCUUACUCAGGCGCUGUUUGAAGGUCAUAGUCGCCAGAGAUUUUUCAGGGUACUGUGAUGGCACUGUAGGCCAUCAAAUGGCCGAUCAACAUCAUAAGAACACUGUUAAAAGUUUUGAUUUAUCGUAAAAACCGUUAUUAAUGGUGUGAUAAGUUUCGUUGUUUUUUACAAUUAUUGAAUUGGAAGCUUGUGUAUGUUUUUUUCUACAGGGACCAACAUAUAAAAAUCUGGAGAUUAAAGUGUUGCCUUCCGAUGAAGUUACUCCAGCGCCGCUAGGAACUGGGAAGAAAAAGCGUCCAAGGUUUGUUCGUUUGCACGUCUGGAAAGCUUUGUUCGGAAACUUAAGAUUGCUUGUGCACUGAGCCAACUCAGUGGGUGUUGGUCAGGCGCUUAGUACAAAAAUCGCAAGUAUCACUUUGGGACCUUGAAUGUGAGAGAUUUUGGCAUUUACAUUGAUUUAAGCCUGGUGAUUUUCUCCUUGUCCCAUUAUGAUUAAUGCUUACUUAAGUGCGGUGUUUUUGUACACUGUGACUUCUCGCUGCAAAGAAUCCCAGUGGGAUUUAAACUGCCCCCCCCCCCCAAAAAAAAUGAAUAACUUGGUCAAAGUCCCCUCUGCUUAUGAGAUUUUUAAGGGCACUUACUAAAAAACUGUUCCUCAAACAAAACCUGUUGUUGUAUUGUUUGCUGGUUAGUUUCGUUUGAUUUAACUUUUUGUAUCAUCAUCAUCAUCAUCAUCACCAUCAUUAAUCAUUAUCAUUAUCCAUUAUCAUUAUGAUACAAUAUAGUUACCCAUGGCUUGAUUUCCUUCAGUUCGCUUUUUAAGUCCGCCUUCCUCUGUCUUCAAAUAAUUUGUCUGCUUGCACACCACAUUUGCACUACUCGGACACGCUAUUAAAUCAGUACCAUUUUCCUGACAAACCUUGAAACAUAUGCCAAAAUACAAUUAUCUUUGUUUCUUUCGGCAGCAUUUCUAGCACAAGUAGUAGUGACAUUCCUCCAAAAUGCCCCACGCUACCUGUCCCAGAUUACUCUCCUGGGAAAACGGACAGCCCAGAAAAGCCAAAUCAGAGAUACAGAAGGAGGACGAAUGGUAAAGGAAUCGACCACAAAAUCAACAACAAUCGCCAUUCCACAAAAGAUAUUAUAUAUACUAAUGGACAUGUAAAGCACGAACAUCAUGUUCAGAAUCCCAAAGACACGGGAGAUUAUAUUGAGGUACAUUAAAAUAUGUUAUUUUUUAUAUAUUCAUAUCUAUAGUGUAUUGUUAUAACGAUGCCUCAAAAUCAGCCGACAUUAAAUCUUUGGGAAAUCGCAGUGUUUAACUCUAGCCUCUUUCCUUAGAGUAGAUGCCUAACCGACGAAAGAUACAGACAAGUGUUAAAAGCUGGGCCCUGGGUCUGAAAUUACCUCAACUGAGACUUGCUUUCUUAUGGCCUUAUCAUUCCUACAAUUAUACCAUAAUUCGUGUUCCAAAGAUCCUUCUCUGUUAAGAGACUGUUAUCUGGAUUGAAUAUUCUUGUGAUAGCUCUUGUAACUGCUCGAUAUUUUGUUUUGGCAUCAAAUGUGUGUACCAUUUAUACACUUAUAUUUAUAUUUAUUUCAUGUAUUGUUUUAAUCUUUGUUUUUUGUUUGUUUGUUCACAAAAGCGUUUUAACGAGAUAUGACGACUAAGUUCCACUCCUCCUGGUCGAAAAAAGGUUUUUUUGAAGUCUGUCUAUUGUGUCUGUUGUCACUAACAUUUUCAUUUUAUUUGGUUAAUCCAAGAUGAAGCACUUAGCAGGUGUUGUGGAAAACCGUCCACAGAUGAGGGACGAGAAGUUGGCGAACAGCCUAACUCGCCAAGAGCCUCCUUUGCGUUUCACCCCAUUACCACCGCUAAUACAGACUCCACUUGUUGGUCCCACACCUUCCAUACCAGAUACAGUGGCCGCAAAAGAAAACAAAGAAUACGACCGAAUCAUUGCGGAGUCGGGUGUGCCACCGGUAAAUCGUGACUUUUGUGUUAGACAUUUAAUAAUCAAGCUAGUGUACACAUAGGCCUAAUCAGAAAUGCUGAAACUAAUCCAUAAUUGUCCGCCACUCAGAAUAUUCCAGCCUCCUUUAUGCUCGACCUCUAAGCGGUAUUUAUGAUCAAAGUAGCCUUCUAUAUGAUUAUUGUGGGUGACUUGCGUUUCGUGUCUGUUACGGAAUUCAAAGUAUUUCUUUGAUAACCUUCCUGAAAAACUUGCCAUGCAAGGAUGUAUAUGCAACACACCUGCACCGAUAUCAAGAUUUUAACCCUUAACAUAAACACAUUAUCAUUAAAAACGAAAUAAAUGAAUAUGAAGUGUGCUAUUUCUAUCAUAUAUACAUAUGUAUUCAUUUAAUUAAAAUGAUACACUGAUGUAAAAAUUUGACAAGAAUGAAGUUAAAAAGUUUAGUUAAUUUUGUCAUCAAAAUGUGAAUUGCCUUUUUAACAACACGGAAGUAACUAACUGAAAUAAAGUAAAAUUCUUCUAACAUAAACGUAAAUGAAUGUAAGAUAAAAGAUUGUAUUUAAAAUUUGAUAAUCCACCGGAACAUUUUUUGCUAACUGAUAACAUUCAGCUGAGUCGUUGAUAGUCAAAGAUGAACUUAAAUGAUGGUAAAGGUAUCUGUCGAUCAACAGGCAUGGCUGUCUAAAAUGAAAAUGGUUGCGCUGCAAAAUGUAGCAGCAUCUCAAGAGGCUGAACUAAAUGAAGACGAAGAUAUUCUUAAUCUUAAGGUAAAUAAAUUGGCAAGUAACAGACAUUUUUUUUACCAUACUCGUAAAAUUAACCAAGCAAUUAGCGCACAAGUAUAGUGCUUUAAUGUGUCCGCAACGUUACCGCUCCCUGAAUUCAUGACUGGUUAAUCUACACAAACGCACCGCUGCAUUGGACUAACAAGCAAUAAGCAACAGCGCGCAGCGUUUCCAAGCAGAAAAACAGCCUCCUUCAAAUUAAAAUAUCUGCGUAAAAGGUUUAAUGAUAUGAAACAGAUAAGAGCAAAAAAAAAAAGACUUUCAGGUUCAAAGUGCAAUGAUACUUCUAACAAAUAAACGAUACGUCCAGUUUUGGCGUUCUUCAACGCAGCUUCCUAAAAUAAAAAUAUAGAAUAUUUUAGCUUAUUUCAUUGAAGAGAACGAUAAAGAAAAAAUUAAUAAACAAUGUACAAGCAACAAGAUUCCAGCUUAGAUGACUGAAAAUUGUUGAACAGAUGUAACCUCUUGUACCGUUUAUUCAAGGAGGAGAGUUUCGUUUCCGUCACUGCUUAACGAAUGUAAAAAGGAGAAUCAAUACUUCUUGAUUUUCAGGCAAAUGUGGAACGCUGGAGGAAUAAGAUGCGACAUCGGGAGAAGCUACGUCAGGACAUGCGAGAGAAGGAAAGAGAAAGGGAGAAAAAACUUAAAAAGUACGAAAAAGAAGAAAAGAAAGAAAAGGAAAAGGAUACAGUAGAGGUAAAUGAAAAUUUAUUUUUGGAGAAUUUAGAUCGAUGUUCUCUGUGUUAAGGAAUUUCGUUAGUUUUUUAAACCAGCAGACACCUGCGAUUGACCUGGUUAUAAUGUUUGUUUUAUUUGCAGGAUUAUAAUGCUAUCCUACAAAGAAGCCUUACAGCAGAGUAAGUUUGUCUUCUGCUUAAAAUGCGAUAUUUAAAAUGAGAACAUUUAUGUAUGGCUGUGGGUGAUAAAGAGGGAUGGUUUAAGUUUGUUUCUUGCUUUUUUGUUUAUUUCCAUCGGUUAACUAUUUUCAAGUUGAGUUGUUCUUGGCUUGUGCUUUUUAUUCCUUCACCCUUUUUUGACACACAUCCAACAAGCGUGAAAGACUCCAUUAUCGGUCAAUACCGUAUGGAGAGCCCUCCUCCCCUUAAGAAAAGAAAACGCCUCUCUCUUCUGUGACGAUGCGCGUGAAACCACACAAGAAAAUAGAAAGACUUAGCUCUUUACGGAGGUACGUACUCGCAACUUCGAUACCUGAGAACACCUUUUCACUCAUUCAACUUCCGAGUUAGGUGAGAGUGAGAAAAAAUGGUAAAGCAAAGGCCAGUUAUCGCUGGUGUUGUUUCAUUCGUACUAGUGCAACUGUCUGAUUUUUGUUUCUUUUUCGUUUCGCUUUUUUUUCAGACGAAAAAGAAGGUCUAGAAUAGAACGCUGGCGCAAAAACCGAGUUGGAACUUCAAGUUCUAAGAGUUCCGGUAGCAGUAGCAGCAGUAGCAGCAGCAGUUCCGAAAGUGACUCUGAUGAGAAACACAAGCACGCAAAAGAGGAAGGGAAAGCGAAGAAAAAGAAACGGCAGGAAAAAGAGAAAAAAGUGAAAGAAAAGGUAUAUCUCAAUUUUAUUGUUGAUGAUAUUGCAGUGAGGUAGUUUUAAAUAAAACGCACAUAGAUACUGAAAGACACUUCCUUGGUUUUAGGACCCAUGAGCUUUUUUAAAUGCUGCGUUUACUAAAGAAAUUGACAGACAAUUAAUUGCUUCAUGCGUCAGCGUGCAUAUGUCGAGAUAUGACGCGGGACGUUUGAAGAGCACCAAAGUUGCUCGAGUGCUCUCCAGACUUCCCAAGUGCGUCAUAUCUCGACAUACACACAGCUGAAGUAGGAAUCAAUAAACUCUUCAUCGUGUAUAUUAUUGAGUUAUGGAUGCAUUUGGGAGGAUUGCUAUAGCUCACAUAUCUCGAGGUCUCAGUUUGUUGACGUCAUCAGCGUGCCCAAUAAGAAUUUGACGUACGUACGUGCUAUUGGAUUUGAUUAGGCGUGUAUUGCCGAUAUGAUGUGAGGUCAAGAAACUAAGGGCCUGUUUACUUGGAGGUGGGGGACCCCAGGUAGGUGAGUUAUCCCGCUUAGGUGGAGUAACCCGCCUUUCCAUAUAAUCUCUUAUUUUAGUUUGAUCACAUUUACAUGAUAGUGGGGUGACCCGCCUGAGGCGGGUAGCCGGGUCUGCCAGACCGGGUUACCCUCUCAGCCGGGGUCAAAUUCUGCCAUGUAAACGUUUCAAGGUGGGGUAACCCGCCUAGCCGGGGUCGGAUUCGUGAUACAUCAAAUUCGCGCCAAAUUAACUUUGGCGGUGACUUUGCGUCAUUAGUAAUGGUAACAAUAGAAACCCACAGCACUGAAGGCUGCAGCAAAAGCAGCGAGUGAGUGUAGAAGAGCAUUAAUCGCCAAAACACGUGGUUUGCCAGCAUUUUUCUUGUUUACGUGCCUAGCGUCUAUUCGAUAAUCUUGAGAAAGUGCACCCCGGAAUGGCAGGGUUGAAAGAUUGCGCGUAAAGGAGGGUCAUUUUUUCACCCCACCUAAGCGGGUUACCUCACCUACCUGGGGUCCCCCGCCUUCAUGUAAACAGGCCCUGAUUGACCACUAAAGAAAAUACCAUAACAUACCAUAAUGCCUUGUUUUUCACCCCAAAAUUUUGUGUAAGCAUUGUCUUCAGUUUCUCUUGGGAGUUAAAAUGGCCCAAGACAAACUGAAAACAAGGCGUAUGCAAAAUUUUAGGGUGACAAACAAAGAGCAUUACGGUUUGUUAUGGUAUUUUCAGCAGUGGUCAAUUCGGCUUACAGGAUUUAGCCUCACACUUUCAGAGUGAGAAGGAGUGUAUUCAUGAGGUCAGACAAUGUAGGGAACCUGUGGCUAAACCUUGCAUAAAGAAUUCUUCUGUACAUUUCGUUUGCUGAGAUUUCCGUACACCUCAAUAAAAUUCAGCAUUUUGUUUUAUCUCAUUCUAUUUUAAAUUAUAUUGUUAUUGUUAUUAUUUAUCCCAAAACUGUGAUCACGAAUCACCUGGCAGUAAAUGGCAGGAAUCGACUUAUUGUUUCAUGUUUCUUCUCCUUAGGCACCUCCCCUGUUAACAGGACAGGCUGCUCACGAAACAAAACGAGAAACAGCGUGGACAAUUAAGGAAACCCCAGGCGUACGCCUUGUAUCUGUCAAACCACGCAAUGAGGUAAGAAUAAAUUCCUUUAAAGGUUGAUGCUAAAGACAAUAAAAACAGCAAACGAACCAGAAGGAAUAGGAGGCAGAUGCAAACCCGAUUGUCCACUCGUUGAUUCUGGUGAAUUACUAAGGGAAAUGAUUGUGUACGCGAGCUGGGGAACAACUUGUUAAUAAGUAACUCUCUACUCGUUGACUACGUUACCUUAAACAAACGAUUUGACUGUUUUCAGCAGAGUCGAUAUUUAAAACGGGAAACAACCACAGAACCACCUUAUGUACAGGAUGAUGUCCAAGGCUACGAUGUUCCAUCGCUUCGACCAGUAAGUUUUUUGUAUAGGGAACCUUCAAUUUGCAUUUGAAAAGAAAUUCCUGUACAUGCUUAAUCAAAUCUCGUCCCUCUUUAGGUGUCGUCUCGUUCUCAACAAAAAGAUCGUGUUCAUCAGUUGUUAGAGACUGGUUAUCCUGUGUUACCCAUAAUGCCAACCCAUCUGGUAAGACCUCCCAACUCUGAGUACAUCCUUGAUGAACACCCAUACGAGGAUAUGGAAGGUGCGUAAGGGAUGUUUACAUGGGUAUAUAAAAUUUCAAAGCAAAACACUCGAUUACGUUGGCUUAUUCAGCGAAGGCCUAGUUUUCAGUUUUCAAGGUUAACUGACCUGCUUAUGAUCCUGUGCCUGAGAUCCGCCUCCCCCUCAAAAUUUAGCAAUUUUUUUGCUCAAAAUUUUGAGGAGCUACGAAGUUUUUUUUCUAACGGACUUGUUACAGUAAGAAAGGUUGGAGAGCGUCAACAAUUUUGCAACUGGUUGUAGCGUUCUCUGAAUAGAAAAUAGUGGGUCUACAAACAGUCUACAAGGUGUAGAGUCCGGCAUGGUUCCGUUAACAUACAAAGUUUUCAGUUAAAGAGGAUCCAGUUUACGCGGGUGUGAACACAGAGCGGACAAAAAUAAGCUCAUAUUUUGUAAGAACAGAAACACAGGUUAUAACUGAAGGAAAAAUGACACACAGGACCUUACUCCAAACUCUAGUAGAACUUAAAUUGUUUUAAAUAUAGCUUUUUUAACAGUACUUUAAUGAAUGGAAUGGUUUACCUAAUCAUUAGAGACUCAAAAAGUAUUCCAACUUUUUAAACGAAGUUUUUAAGUUUCAUUAAGGAUAAUCAGAAUAUCUAUUUUUAUAUUUGUACAUACCUUUCUUACACCUCAAGUAGUGGGGGCAUCCCUAUUAUGGUGCAUUAGCGCUUUUGGUUGUCUCCUUCUCUACAACUUUUCUUUAAAGUAGCGAUUAAUUUAAAUUUAUUCAGUAUUAACAGUUUGCAAUUUUGUGGAGUGAAUCUGUAAUAAAUAAACAACGUCCUCUAAAGUUUUUGCCUUGCAUUUUGUGGGAAGCUGUUUCUGGUAACAACUGCUUUUUUCCUCUUUCUUAAAUAUUUGAUUAACGGUAACGGAGGCUUUAUAAGUUCAAAAUCUCUUUUAUAUUCAAACCGGUAUUAAUAAAAAUUUGUGAAACAAUUUAUAUGAAGUAAUGAAGCACAAAGCUUUUGUUUUAAUCAAAUUUAAUAUUUUCACAGUAAAGAACUGACCUUUUUAACUAAUUCGAUAAAUCCAUUUUCUUCGCAGAUUUAGAUCCCUAUGCUGUUCACUACGAUAACGAAGACCAAUUUAUAGGCGAUGGCGUUCCCAUCGUGCCGAUACAGGCUUUCAGUGGACCGCCAGUUUACGAGGAUGACCACAUUUACGAAGAACCUAUAAUAGCACCGGCUUCUCUACCACAAACUCGCUUUGUGUCUCCUCGGGAACAUAAAUCAGGAGUGUUAAUUCCAACGCGGUAUGCGCGUGGCUAUAUUGGAAGACCACCUGGUACGAGAGGCCGACCUACUUCCGCCUCACAACAUCCGGGUGUCGCCAGACCUGCCAGAUUAUCUAGACCUACCUCUGCUAAGACGGAGCCAAUUGCGAGAUAUGUUGUACCGCCUGGAGGUUCCUCGAUUCCUACUCGAGGUGUGCCGCCAUCGUCCGUCCCGGUGAGUAGAAAGGUGUCAAAAAAACGAUAGAGUAUUGACGCGCUUUCGGUAAUUCAGCAGCUAGAGAGUUUAAGAGACACUGUUUUCGUGUACGGCUUUGGCUAAGUUAUCCGCACCGUAGAUACGGCUAGAUAACCUGGCCUCUUACCGCCUCAACGGCUAGGCUACUGGGUAGAACAGUUAUGCCAUUAUCGCAUCUGGAAAAUCAAGAUUACCUUUGAUAUAGGCACUAAAGUUUUAUCUCGGCAGGCAGAAAAGGUGUAUCUGUUUAAGUAUCUUGCAUUUCGUAUUCAAGAAGUAAAAUGGGUCCUCAUAAUUUAAUAAUAUCAUAACGCAAGUUUUCAUUCACUUCAUUCACAGGGCUCUCGUUACAUGUUGGCUAAUCGUCCUACAGUCGCUACUGCUCCCCAGCCAAGCAUUGGAACAUCCCCUCGUUAUAUGGUAGAUCCGGAGAUUCCAAAAGAGCAACCACCCAGCUCUUUUGAUGGAGCUCGCGUGAUUCUGUCACGCGCGCAAGCAAAUGUUGACCGCUUCGAACAGGACAGUAGAGUAAAUGCUCAGGGUGAAACAGACGCAGUAUCGGUAUCUGAACGUCUGUACGCAAGACCGCAGAAAAAGAUACCACUAAAAACACUUACAUCACGUAAGGAGCCAUCGCGAUUUGAUGUGGCAGCUAGAGAACACGCCGAGUUAGAGGCUCAACUUCUGGUGUCACGAGCUUUAGCUCGCGCAAGGAGUAACGUAAGAACGUAGUAGCAAAUAAGUUUUAUUCUUUUGUUUAACGAUCCGUGUUAGUGUAGCCAAACUCUGUCCAGAUACCUGUGGUUAAAUAGCCUCGAAAAGUUGGGGUGUAGGGGAAUUUCCAUAGCCUCUUGGUGAGAAAUUUUAUCCGCUACAUGUAGCGUCCGUCGAUUUGUUGUGUUUAGAUGUGGUUGACAGUAUCGAGGGGUAUCUUUGUUACUGAUCGUUUGUUGUAGUGAUUUUUUCUGUGCUUGGCUUUUUAUUCCUCAUCUUACAGCACGUCAAUUUCCGUGAAACUGAAUAGGAAAGACAGUCGAAUAACUAAACGCCAAGACCACUGCCGAAUUGGCUCGUAAAAAUACCCGUAGGUAAAAACAAAGAGAAUCAGAGGUUUAGUCCGAAGGAACAGUGACGGCCAGCUGAUUUAUUGUGCGCUGAUAUUUAGAUCAUGUGUUCGCUUUAAAAUUCUUCAGGUAUCUGGAAGUAGCAAGUAGCGGAAAAACCGUAGAAAAUAACGCAAAUUGUUUUCCCAAAUUAUGUUGUAAAAUUAAUGGUCACUCAUUUGAGAUGCUAGGUAGAGUUUCGAUAUUUUGAAGGAACACUGUUCCAUGUACAUUUUGCUUUUGUUGUAUCUGUUGUUGUUCAUGAUGUUCAGAAUGCAUAUAGAAUGCUGAAGGUUAUUCGUGCGCUGUGCUUGGGCUAAACAACGUCAUUCUAUGCCUUUAUUCGAGACAAGCCUAAAGGUCCGAGUUCCAAAAACUCUCACUCAAAACGAGGCUAACUGCAAAACGUUUCUUGUGAAAAUUAGUUUUAUUUCAAUGAGAAUACGAAAUCACUUUCAUAUAAAUUACUUUGCACAGAGCCUCGCUUUGAUACAGAGGCUGGGGGCAACUCGGUAAUGGUCUAUGGCGAUGGGUGAGGCAUUAUGGGAUGCACGUGCACGCGUGUCACAAGAACGUGGGAAAUCAUCACGGCACAUUUUACAACAGAAACAUGAACUUGUUCCUCAUUCAAAAAUAUUAACAUACUUUAGAAGGACGGGAAGGUAAUCCUGCAUUUAGUAAUUCAUCUCUGAAACUUCCCCAAUCGUGCUUUUAUUAUAUUAUAAGGCACUCAGUUGUAUUUACUUCUCCUUUUUGACUAACCUGAUAUAAAUUAAUGUUUUAAAAACAAAAGAUUUAGUUGAAAAAUUAUAUAUUAUUUCAGAUUAGUGAUCUAUUGUUAUAAUUACAUGAAUUGCUUCAAUGUAAAUAACAGAAACAAGAUUAAAUUUUAAUUCUAAAAGAAAAAUAAAAUGAGCUUAUCAUUUAAAGGAAUAUAAUUUAUCGCAAGACUUAAUAUCAAGAAUCACUAGAAUCCAAGCGGACAAUCAUAAAUUUUAAAAACAAGGGUCGUUUUCUAUACUGAAGUUAACGUCAUCCUCAACCAUUUCACACAAACUAUAAUGGUUAACAUGGUAUAGAAAACCCUUCAACUAUAAAACCCGUCUAUAAUGUACUUCCGAAAGGACGAUUUUAGUGUCUCUGCUGCACUAAAAUCACAAGUUUUUUUUCCAAGUACUAUGGUGCUUUCACCCCACGCAAAUACUCCACUGCAGUGGUUCAUUAAUAAGCGUAAAUGUCCGAUUAUUUCCCCAGUAAGUAAAACGUGACAUUUUUCUUCACAAGAGUUGUUUGAAGAAAAAGAAAGAAGCAAGUGUUUUAUGUAUAUAAUUAUAUACAUUAGCAAAUCACCAGUAAUUGAACAGCUAUUAAGCCAAUCAGUAACGAACUUGUGUUAGAUUUCAUUGGGACUUGUCUCCCCUAUCGAUCAUCAUGAUGGGAAUAAUCUAAAGCAAGUCCAGAUCUGCCAAUAUUUAAAUCAGGCAACCAGAUUACGAUAGACGCUUCAUAUGACUAGAUUUUGAUACCAUUUUACCUCAUCCUUUUUCUGUCAAAUCACUCGUCGGUAUUUGAUUCCCGUUUUCUAUUACGCUAACCUGGUAACUUACCAGCAAAGCCGCUGUCCAUCAUUUUAGCAAAUUCUUGCAAGGUCGAAGGAGACUUCAUGCAGUACUGUACACGCUGGCGAUGAAAGUACCCGUCCGUUUGAAUUUCCAAUGCGGACUAGAGAAGUGGAUCAGUUUAAGGAACAGAUGAAGGACGUCUGAGGCUCCAAGAGACCAUCAGAUUCAAAGGAAAAACUAACUCUCUUAACGCUCAGAAUAAUCAUCAUUCUAAUCAGAGAGGUGUCAUUGUUUGUUUACUAAACUCACUGUUAACGGACUUACCUGUGCGAAUUCUAACCAUUUAUAGAUAACAAGUUUAAUUGUUAACGUUACUACUUUUUAUAACCCAACAUAUAUAACAACCAAUAAUCAACUGAUAAACCUGGCUUUGAUAACUGUUAAUUAUAAUUGUAUGUUUUCAAUUAUGUUUAUCCUAAAGUAAUCAGAUAACAAUGUGAUUAAUACUAACUACUAAACCUUAAGAUGAUGAAAGGUGAAAAGUGCAGAAUUCCCCGUAUCUGAUAUUUCAAAGGUGAGAAAACAAUAAAUGUAUGGCUCUUUGUUAACUCUGGUGUCAAGAUAAGAUAGGUCAGACUUUUUUACAUUUUGAAGCAUUAAUUAUUUUCCCGACGUAACCGUCCUAUGUUUUUUUGGCAGGGAUUAAAGGAAACGGAACAUCUAAGUCAUAGAAGCACUAGGUAAGACACUAUGGGCCAAAAAAGGGUUUUUUGUUUGUUUGUUUGUUUGUUUUGUGUACUUAAUCUUUUUAUUUUUUUGUCUGUUUGUUCUCCUCAUGGGAUUGUUGGCGGCAGAUGCUGCCACAACCCUUACCUUAUUUCUCACUAAAAUAUGUUACCUCCCUCACUUAAAUCUGACCUUAACUUUUGAACCACUGUUCCCAAGCUCUUGGCAAUUGAUAAAACACUCCAUUUCCAAUAGUCUGUUCACGGUCCCCUUUUUUCCGUAAGGUAGUUAAAAUCGAGCACCUACCGCUACUGGCGACCAUCUUGGUGUUAAAUCUAAAAGUAGAUUCGCUAUAUAUACAUACGGGAAAACAGAGGACUAAUGCACAUGUCCUUAUGUUGACCAAACGUCAUAUUUCGAAAUCGUCUUAUUUUGUUAAUUCAGAAAAAUUCUUCAAGAAAUCAAGAAAAAACAUAACCUGCAUGCAGUGAUGAAGUCCAAGGAAAGGGAUGGAAUAAAAACUCAACGAAGAAGGAGCAUCACUAGCAACAGCAGCAGCAGCAGCAGUAUAUCCAGUAUCAGUAACAGCAGCUCUAGCCUAAUUCAGAAAAGAGCACAAAGAAUGAAAAAAGCAAAAACUGGAGACGAAACAAAGCCAAAAUCCCGCGAGAAGCAAGCAGUGGUUCAUCCCCUUUUUGUUCCAAACAGAAGUGCACAUCAAGAUAAAGCGAGAUAAAACAAAAUUCGCUCUAUUUAAGGGAUUCCGGAACUCGGGAAAGUUUUGGUUUUGGAAUCCGGAAUCCGAAAAAAAUUUGCUUGUGGAAUCUUGAAUCCUGGACUUUGGAAUCCGGAAUACAGCUCAAGGAAUUCGAAAUCCCACUAACGAUUGAAAUCCAAAAUCCAAGUUCCAGUGACAAAGACUGGAAUCCAGCACCUGAAUCCAAGAAGGCUGUCUUGGAGUCCCUCAUGUGAGGCAAAUAUAAUAUUAUUGCGCGUUUACGCAGUUUAUCAAGAGUUAAAAUGUGAAUAAAUUAUCUCAGAGUAUAUGAUAUAUGAAUAAAUGAAUAUUGAAACAAAGCUUUCUAAAUGAGGU